AUGGCUUCUUCAGCUGAACAGAUCCCUUUGCCGGGGACAGGUUCUUUAUCAGCAAAGUCAUUUUUGGGUGAAGAUUUGACCUGCUUUCCUUUGGCUUUACUGCAAGAGUGCUACCAACGGGUGUCAGAGUUACACACAGCGUUGUGCCUCCUUGACAAGGCAGGAACACACUUGACACAAACUCUAGUGAAGGUACUGGAGCACACUGCCUACAGAUGUGUUGGAGGUGUGCUGAGGGACCGGCUCGGGGAUGUGUUCACAGCUGCUGCAUCACAGCCACACCAGGCCAUUGUCCAGGAGCUGGAGUCAGUGAUUGCAGGACUUAUCAGCACUGAGAAACAACAGAUGGAUCUACAGUCUUCGGACCAGACUCUAUGCCAGGUUGCCCUGCUAGUCACCAAGAUGGAGAGUCAGUACUUCUCUCAGUGCCACAGGAAGAUGUCAGACCUCCUGCAAGUGUUGCUGCAUCUACAAGGAGAAGACCCUGCUGCAAGUGAGGUGGUCACACAGCUUCUCUUCCAGCUGGGGCUCAUCACUGAGCUUCAGUCCUCAGACAGAGCUGCCAUCAGUCUCCCCAGCAACCCCUGGGCUAGCCAGCACUUGAGGGUGUCAGUGCCUGAAGUUGAGCCCCAGAGUUCUACUGGGCUUCGGCUGGGGCCCUUUCUGGACAAACAGAACUAUUUAGAUGAGAACAAAGGGCACUUCUUUGCUGAUGCCACGGAAGAAAGGUCAGAGGGUAAGGAGACAGAAAAAGAAGGGAUUCCAACAGUGUCGGUGACUGCGGGUAGCUUUGAAAGUGCCAGUUAUGUUCCUUCACAUAUAGCUAGGCAGGGGCUAGCUGCCUUUUCAUCCGGUCCCCUGAGCAGCAUUUCUGACCAGCCAGUCCACCUUAAACACAUCGAACAUGGCAGCCACCAUCUGCGACCAGUCACAGAAAGCCAAACUGGCAGCCAUGGGUCUCCCGUCCCAGUUAUUGUGUCUUCUAGAUCCCAGCUGGCCACUGAGGAGGAGCUGGAGAGUGUCAUCAACCUUCUGUCAGGAAUAGGCUAUGGAUCAGCCUCGCCCAUGCAGGUGAUACCUGAGGUGAUGCCAGCUCAAGGCUCCAUGCAGCUGACAGUGCCACAGAUCUACCGCACCCUCAGCCCACUGUCCGACACUCACUUGGAAGACAGGAGAAAAUCUCAGGUACACAGGCGGUCCGAGGGAUGCUUAGACCUGUCAGCUAUGGGACACCACAUGUGGCCUCAUCAGCAUCAGUGUCACCAUCGUGCCAGUUUGCCAUCGGUCCAGAUUUUCUCCGCUAGUGGUCAUCGGUGUGGCUACGACCCACCCUCUCCAGUACCUCCAUACGUACGAGACUCACCUUCUCCAAACUACAGUUUACGUGACCCGCCAAGUCCUGGCUACUUCCACGGUGACCCGCCUUCUCCGUUCCGUACCAAUUAUGCAAAAACUCUUGGGAUCCACCCGGCUGCUGUGCGGCCCAGCAUGCUGUCUCCUGUACAGUGGUCCGCCGGUCCACCUGCCAGUUUGUCCAGCAGCCGUCUUGGUGGCCUCGAACCUAACAUGAACCAGCAUGGUACCUGGCCAGUGUAUGGUGGCAUGUCAUCAGUGUCGCCGAGCGUGGCUGAAACAUCCAGCUGGGUAGGAACCCAAGACUGCAGUGAUCUCAGCGACGACUCCUCUAACGAAGAUCAGUUUUUCACUGUUGGCAAGGACCUGUCCCACUUGAUCAACCCCAAGGAUGGCAGCAGUGAUGAUGAGGCUGAUAGUGGACGGCCAGAUCUGUCAAAGAGUUCCAAUACCUGGCCUCCGCCUGACCCCCGAGCCUCCAUGAACCUCGGCAGGGGUCUGACCCCGGAGCUUCUGGGACCCCCAGAGACCUGUAACUCACACAAACCCAUACAGAUGCAGUGGAGUGACCCUCUGUCUGCCAGAUCUGUGUGGCAGCCAGCGUCACAAGAUCCCAGUCACCAGAAAACAUCACAUAGCAUGCAAGGGUUCGGAGGAGCACAUUAG